AUGUCUCGACGUUCAAGUCGCGUCACCGUCGGAAGUACAGAAGUUCUUGAAGUCAUACGAGAGGAAACUUCAGCCCCGUCCUCAAUAAACAUAGAUGAUACAAAGGAAAGUGAAGAUAUUGAACCGAAAAUUUGUCCUUGUGAAGGAAUUGAUCUCGAAGAAAUAGAAAAGAGACAUGCAGAAGAAAUAGAAAGAUUACUGACUGCGAAAGAAAAUGAAUUGGAAGAAAAAUUCAAACAGAAACUACAUAAUGAAAUACAAUAUUUGAAAGAAAGAUUUGGUUUUGUAUUGCAAAAUGAGCAAGUCCGUGCGUCAUACAUGUUGCGUGAGGCGCACAGAGAAAGGCAGGAGAAAAUAUCAGCUUUGCAAACGCAGCUCGAGUGUAAAAAUAUGGCGGGUUUAAUGUAUGUAAUGUGCUCUGAGCGUAGGAAGAGUAAGAUGGAGAUAAUGAGACUUACUGAAGAAUACGUAAACUACAUCGAAACCCUUCAGAACAUUCUAGAAGAAAGCCAGGCUCUCAUUCUGAACCUCUCCCGCGGGUACAAGACAGCGGCGAGGGUCGAUGAUGAGUGGAGACGAAAAAUGAGGAAAAUACUAAAACAUUUUCAAUCAUUCGUAUUUGACUUUAUCGGUGACACCCCUGAGAAUAACCAAUACUUCUUCAAUAUACCGGAGCUAUUGAAAACGAAAACUUCAAUCAAGGACAACCCUGAAGAAGAUCCUUGUGAGAAUGAAGAUGAAGAAUCUGAACCGAAAAUAGAACGUGAAAAGGAAUGGUGGGAGACACUCGAUUGUGAGGAACAUCCGUUUGUAAUGUUCGGUGAUAUGGCUGACUUUAAACCACCACAGCGAAGAGAAGUACUUAGGAAUGUAAAAGCUGCUAAAACAGCUCCUAAGAAAUGGAAAGAAUACGUUUUCAACGAAAUGUUCAUUAAACGUGAAUGUACGAAUGCCGAUAUCAUCAAGGAUGUGUGGUGUGCGCCCGCGUCAUGGGAAUGUGCGGUCGCUUCUAGACAGACACCAUCAAGAUGUUCAGAAUCUCAGAGCAGACGGAUUACAACGACAUCUGUUGACAUCAAAGGGAACAUGGGGUCAAUAUUGAAGAUUAUGACUUCGUCAACUCCGAAACCUACUGCAAAAGCCACAUUACUUGGGGCGAGGGAUUCAAUGGAAAUAGCUUCAACCACGCGAUUGGAUUCAUUCUUUAAUAAAAUAGAAGAUGAUGAUGAAGAAGAAGAUAAAAAUCGUGAACAAACUGAACGUGUUACUCAAGUACCAGGACCACAGAAGUCUACUGGAGGUGAUAUUGAUGACGUUGAAAGUGAUGAAGAGUCUGUUUCUAAUCUCGGGAGCCUCCACCACGACAGCCUACAAAUAAUACAAUCCCACGUAAAAGAUCACGACUCCAAAAUUAAUUAUGAAAAAAUAUGUCCAAUGGAGAAAUGUCAGAGGAUACAAGUUGAUUCGUUCAUUCGUAGCCUACCGAAGUACAUGCAAGCGAAUCCAUUCACUCACUUCGAACAGACCUACGAGGAUUAUGAAGCUUGUUCACCCGAACAACUUGAGAUUCUAAAGAAGAGGAUAGAGGAUAAAAAAAAGAGGGAAAAGUUGGAAUUCCAACUGGAAACUGAUCCUCUUUUAUCAUGGACGCCGAGCGUCGAAGGUGUUGAAGUACAGACAUCAGAUAUAUCACUAAUGCCGCCAUGCACUUGUAUCGUACCGAGUCCUUCACUCGCAUCCAGUACUACAAAGGUGUAUAACGUUGCUGAUUUGAUUCCGAUAAAACAAACCCUGGAUAAAAUCAAGGCUGAAUGUUUCUUCCACGACGACAUAGAGUUUAAUAGAUUCAAAGUACUCGGACAAAACGAGAGCGAGGAUCAUUUGGAUUUUGACGGAGAUAUAGAACCAAGCAAGAACAGAUUAAGCGAAAUCAAAACAAUACUGAAAAAACAUCCGAGUCUCUGCGAAAUAUUUCAAGCCAACACAAGAUGUUAA